AAUUCUUCUAUUAUUCAUUUCGAGGUUUAUGUUUCAGAUCAUUUUCACAUAAAUUUAUUUCUCACAAAAAUGUGAGGCGACUCAAAUAUUUUCUCACUUUUUUUAUUUAUUUGUUUCUAAAAGAAUCACUAAUCUUUCGACGAGGAAACAACGCAACACUCUGUAUAGUAUUAUAUAUCUUUAUGUAUUAAAUCUGUCCUUCGUUCCACCGGAUGAUUUAUAUUGAAUGCCUUCUUCUAUAAUUAACUUGAGACUGUGUCUCGCGAACAUACAUACACGUUCAAUUGUCGAAUGAAAAUUUUUUGACAACACUUGAUGUGUCCUCAAUUUAUUUACCCGAUUCUCUUUAUCUUCUUAGCGUUUAUCAAUAAACUAUGCAUCCAAAAAAUUAAACGAUAAUUUAGUGAAUAAUUGAAUUGGCUGGAUUUUUAUGUUUCUAAUUGAAAUUAUGGAUUUUUCUAAUUUUAGUUUUGACUAAAAUGGGAAUUAUUUGGAGUUUAUUUGGAUACGAUACAGGUAGAAUUGAUGAUCCUGAUCCCACUACGGGGCUUACUUCAAGAGAAAAAUUUCAUAUAAGAACGUCGUGGGCAAAAAUUAUGAAAAAUCCAACAGAAUCGGGAGUAGCUUUACUUUUAUUGUAUUUCAAGAAGCAUCCAUAUUCCAAAGAAUUGUUUAGUUUUAAAAAUAUACCGGACGAAGAACUACCAAAAUCCGUACAAUUUAAGGCACAUUGUAAUAGUGUUAUUCACACAGUUGCGUCAAUAAUCGAUUCAUUAGAUAGUACAGAUUUACUUGUAAUUAUUAUAGAAAGAAUCGGUACGACGCAUAAACCUAGAAAUGUAACACCUAAAUUAUUUAUGGAACUGAAAGAAACUAUGUUAGAACUUUUUUCUUCGAUUAUGAAAAAAGAAGAAAUUGAAGCUUGGGAAAAAGCAUCACAAGUUGUUUUUACCGUAAUCAUUAACGGUCUUAAUAAACAAUAAAAAUAUCUAUUAAACAUUAAGUUUUUUUUAAUUAUAUUCUGUUAUAUAUUCAAUAAAUAAAUAAUUAAUAGAAAUAUAGCAACAA